AUGGCAGGAUGGGAGGAGCAAAUGAAGAUCUUAUUUUGUACUUUAAACACCCCCAGAAUUGACAUGGAAAAGCUUUUAGGAGGGCAGCUGGGUCUUGAGGAUUUCAUAUUUGCCCAUGUGAAAGGAACAAAAAAGGAAGUGAAGGUCUACAAAUCGGAGGACUCUCUUGGACUCACCAUCACAGAUAAUGGUGUGGGCUAUGCCUUUAUCAAGAGAAUUAAAGAUGGCAGCACCAUUGACUCAGUGAAAACCAUCUGUGUGGGGGAUCAUAUCGAAUCCAUAAACGGAGAAAAUAUUGUUGGGUGGCGUCACUAUGAAGUCGCUAAGAAGCUGAAGGAGUUGAAAAAAGAGGAACACUUUACUUUGCAGUUAAUAGAACCAAAGAAGGCAUUUGGUAAGUUGAGACCAAGGUCAAAAGCCGGAAAGACGUCCGCAGAUAAAAUCGGCACUUGCAGAGGGACGCUUCGUCUGAGGUCAAAAGGUCCCGCUACAGUAGAAGAGCUGCCGUCCGAAGCCAAAGCAAAGGCGAUCGAAAAGGUUGAUGAUCUCCUCGAACUGUACAUGGGAAUUCGAGAUAUUGACUUGGCUACGACCAUGUUUGAAGCUGGAAAAGACAAAAGCAACCCGGAUGAGUUUGCUGUGGCACUUGAUGAGACUCUGGGAGACUUUGCCUUUCCUGACGAAUUUGUGUUUGAUGUGUGGGGAGCCAUUGGCGACGUGAAACAGGGAAGAUGAUGGUGUGGACAGUCUUCCUCAGAAACGACGAGGGUUCCUUCCAGGGCAGUCUCCUUGGGGACUCUCAGGGAUCUUUAUGGACUCUGCUUUAGCUUCAUGUG